CUUUUAUUCUUACAUCCCUAGCCUCCUCUAACCCCCCGUAAUUUUCUUUCUCUGAAUAGUAUACUCUUGGAAGCAUCCUAAGCUAGGCGUUUUAAUCGAGCAAAUAGAAAAUGUUUCAUCCCUCGGAGAUUAGCAUGUCCUUUACUUCCAGAUAGGAGAUUCCUCUGUCUCUGUUUCUCUCUUGUUUCCCCCUAAUUAUACACUGCAAAAAGCUCAAUUUACUUACAGUUGAAACAUUACAACGUCAGCCAUUUUUAUUGUCUUGAACCAUUGUAAGCCAAGUACCAUUCAUCAUUUUACCAACUUCACUUCUGGUAUUUUCUCUGCAAAAAAAAACCAGCUUUUGCUUUCAAUAUGAAUGUUUAGACUAAUACUCAAAAUCAGCAGCAGAAGAAGAAGCCAUGGGCUUAAAGAGGAGCAUUUUCCAUUGCUUAACCUUCCUUCUUGUUCUGCUUCCUUCACCACUAGCUCUCAACACCGAUGGAGUCCUCUUGCUGUCUUUCAAAGAUGCCAUCCUGGGUGACCCUUCAUCAGUCCUGCAAAGCUGGAACCAUGACGAUGAAACGCCAUGUGCAUGGACUGGAGUGACCUGCACUGAGCUUGCGAUUCCGGGAACACCAGACCUGUUAAGGGUCACCAGCUUGGUCCUCCCCAACAGCCAACUCGUCGGUCCGAUUUCAGAAGAACUUGGCCGUAUUCAACACCUUCGCCACUUGGAUCUGUCGAGCAACGUUUUGAAUGGAACUUUACCAAGCUCCAUCUUUAACUCGACUGAGCUUCAGGUACUCUCUUUGUCCCGUAAUGUCAUCUCUGGUCCGUUGCCACAGUCUAUUGGUGUCAUGGCUAGUCUUCAGCUCUUGAAUCUCUCUGAUAAUGCCUUGUCUGGGAAGGUACCCCAAAACUUGACAGCUUUGCAGAACUUAACUGUUGUGUCUUUAAAGGGCAACCAUUUCUCGGGUAAUAUACCUAGAGGUUUCGAUUCGGUUCAAGUUUUUGAUCUGUCAUCGAACCUGCUUAACGGUUCUCUCCCUUUGGAUUUUGGUGGCCGUAGUUUGCAUUAUUUGAACUUGUCGUACAACAAGAUUUCAGGGCAAAUAUCACCGGAGUUUGCAAAUCGGCUUCCUCAGAAUGUCACCAUUGAUCUUUCAUUCAAUAAUUUAACAGGCCAAAUUCCAGAGUCUCUAUCUAUGCUUAAUCAAAUAGACUUCUUUUCGGGUAAUGCUGAUCUAUGUGGGAAGCCAUUGAAAACCAUUUGCUCGGUUCCUUCGACGCUUUCGAAUCCACCAAAUAUGUCCCAAUCCAUAUCACCAGCAAUUGCAGUGAUACCAAACUCGAUUGUCUCAACCCCGGCUGCAGGCUCGUCACCUGGAGAACCAAUCCGACAUCGAGGAAGGGGCACUCUAAAGCCAGGCACAAUAGCAGCCAUAGCUGUUGCAGAUUUAGCUGGUAUAUCCAUUCUCGGCAUGAUCAUUCUUUACGUUUAUCAACUCAAGAAGCGAAAAGAUCAUCUCAAUCAGCGCACUGUCGAUAAAAAACCGGAAGCCAUGGUUUCGAAAACGCACGUCGAAUUAGGAACAAUAAUGCCAUCACCAUCAUGUUCAUGCAUGAAGUUAAAACUCACGGAGACAUGGGAGACUUCCACUUCUGACAGUGACCAGCAGGAGAAAAAUGAAGUCAUGAAUGUGAACCAGAAAGGAGGAGGGGGAAGCAAGCUGGUGACAGUGGAUGGGGAAACUGAGCUGGAGUUAGAGACAUUGUUGAAGGCAUCGGCGUAUGUUUUGGGGACGAGCGGGUUGAGCAUUGUUUACAAGGCUGUGCUGGAGAACGGGACUGCAUUUGCUGUAAGAAGGAUAGGAGAGAGUUCAGUGAAGAGGUUAAAGGAUUUUGAAAGCCAAGUUAGGAUGAUAGCCAAGUUAAGGCACCCAAAUUUGGUUAAGAUCCGUGGGUUUUACUGGGGAGAUACUGAGAAGCUUGUUAUCUAUGAUUAUGUCUCCAAUGGCAGCCUCUCUUGCACCACUGCUUACAGAAGAUCAGGCUCAUCAUCACCAUGCCAUUUGCCUCUUGAAGCCCGUCUUAAAAUAGCAAGAGGAGUUGCUCGGGGACUGGCCUACAUUCAUGAAAAGAAGCAAGUUCAUGGCAACAUCAAACCAAGCAACGUCCUUUUAAACUCCAAUAUGGAGCCCUUAAUCAGUGAUCUGGGACUAGACCGCCUUGUCUCUCAAAACGGUGCCGGCUGUAAAAUAAACAAUUCGUCGUCACUGAGGUUUUUAAGCAGCCAGCGGUCCACGGCUUCUCGUGAUGGUGACCCAGUCGACCCACCAACAAGUCCAAGCCACCAACGGUCCACCUCUUCCGCACCAUAUCAAGCACAAGAAUCGUUAAAGAGCCUCAAGCCGAACCCCAAAUGGGAUGUCUACUCAUUUGGGGUGAUUUUGCUCGAGCUUCUCAGUGGGAGAGCGUUGUCAGCCAGGGAGUUGGUGGAGCAAUGGGCGGUGCCGGCAGGUUCAUCUGGGGAAGAAAAGAACCGGGCGCUCUGGUUGGCUGACACGGCUAUAAAAGGUGACUUGGAAUGCAAGGAAGACGCCAUUCUGAAGUGUUUCAGGUUAGGGUUUAGUUGUACAUCAGUUGUGCCCCAAAAGAGACCCUCCAUGAAAGAAGUGGUUCAAAUUCUUGAAAAAAUGGCCUCGGCUUCUUCCACUGAACGCUGCUAAUUAAACACUUUUGUUGACUUAAAUGCUUUGCAAAGUUUGCAUAAUUAAGGAGACUAGAUAGACCUUUGAGCGUUGAUAGUAAUAAAUAUUAACAGGGUUACACAUUAAGUAUGAGCUAAGUUUUCUUCUUGUACUG